AGUCAACAUGGCUGCGUCCGGCACCGCGGAUCAUUCUCCAGAGAUCUCGCCGCCGCUCAAGAUCCCCAAAACCGAGGUGCCAUCACCCGAGUCGGAAGACCUGAGCGAUAGCAACCAGUAUCAGUCCACCCCCUCCACGCCGAACCGCUUCUCUCCUCUGAACGUCGGUUCCGGAGCGGUGGGCCGGACGGCGGCCUCGUCGUCCUCCAACAGCUUCACGGCUUGCCGGGGGAUGUCGUGGACUCCGUCCGAGACGAACGCCCUGAUAGCGGUGUGGGGCACCGAGCGACUGACGGAGGCGCGGAUGCAGCAGCUGGAGGUGGCUGGCACCGUGUUCUCCGGUAAGGCCCCCGGUCCGGCCAUGUACGAGCGGGUGUCCAGAGCCUUGUCGGAGCUGGGCUACGAGAGGACGCCGUCUCAGUGCCGGGAGCGGAUGAAGACACUGCGGCGCUGCUACAGCCGGGUGAAGGAGCACGGCAUUGGCAAGCGGAAGAGCAGCUACACGAUCGAGCAGCUGGAGAAGGUGUUUGGUCAGGGGGGCUGGGAUUCCCAGAUCUGCGCCCCAGUCCUCAUCAACUCCAGCGGUCUGUACCAGGAGAUGGAGUCUGACGGGAGCACUCUGGAGGACUUCUCUCAGGAGGACUGGUGCAACCAGGUGCUGGACUCGGACUUCCAGGAAGGAGACGUGGAUGCUGAAGAAGUUCAGGUGCCAAAGCACAGAGCUCUCCUGCUUCAGAACGAGCUGUCUGUACAAACCCAAAAAAGGGAGAGCAUGGAGACGGUGAUUCGCAUAUUGGAGUCAGUGCCUCUCCAGUGGGAACACUUCCAGACCUGGACAGAGUUCUCCCGGCUGCACCUCUCCAACAAGCUGGCUAUUUUCGGAGUGGGCUACAACACGCGCUGGCGCGACGACAUUCGCUACCACUACGCCGAGAUCAGCUCCCAGGUGCCUUUGGGCAAGAGGCUGCGUGAGUACUUCAACCCCGAAAAGCCAGAGGGGCGCGUGGUCAUGACCAAGGUCCAGAAGAUGAAUUGGAAGAAUGUUUACUACAAAUUCCUGGACAUCACCAUCAGCGAAGCUCGCUGUCUGGAGCUGCACAUGGACGUGGACUGGAUCCCUGUGACCCAGUCCAGAGCUACGGGCUGCAGCACACGCCCGUCUCACUACCUCCUGCCAGGAGACAUUCCUAAAACCUACGGACUCUACGCCAUUGGCUAUGAGGCGACAUCGUCAGACCAGACCUGCGGCCAGGACAGCGAAACGCCUCGGUCAGAGAACGGCUGCGAUGGACCUGUGAAAGGUGACCGAGCUAAAGUCACCUACUGCUACCUGGGCAUCGCUGAGGACAGAACUAUACAGCAGAGUCUCUUCCAGCACUUUCAGAGUCCCAGCAAGCUGCUUGUCCAGCCAUCGCUCGUCACCCGCUUCCUCCAGGACAACUCCUGCGUCACAAGUGAGGAUGAGCAACCAGUGGAGGGCGCCACUCACCCUCUGCUCAUCUAUGUCAAAUUCAUCGAGGUAGAGCUUGACUUCCUGUCGGCCGGCUCCCUGGUGGAGUGUCUGGAGACUGCGGUGGGCUACCCGCUCAAGUUUAACGCCAGAGAAACCUGCCGACCAGAAUGAUGCCGACCUGCACCUACAAGGAAUCCUAUUUAUUCUGUUAAAUGUGCACUUCAAAAGUUCAGCUGCUUGUUCUAUGUAAAUGUUGCCUCAUCAGGGACGUCACGGUGACGAUUGCGGCCCGUCUACCUCAGUGAGACGUGUAGCGAACCAGGUGCCAAGCUAACUGAGUGCAUGUUAAAACUGCCAACUCGGCCCGGUCUGAAUUUUGGUUGUCCUCUGCAGGUGGAGAUGCUCGAUAGAAGUUCAAUCCAGAGGCAACAUGGCUUCUGUCAAAGAAAAAUCCAGUGGGAUUUUUGUUUUGGCAUUGAAUUAUAACCGAGAAGGAAACGUGUAACUUCAAGUAGUAAAAGACAACCAGGAAGUGUUCAGGAAAAAAAAGAUGACUCUGAAAGUUAUCAUGUCCCUAUAUCAUUGUUAUCGAAACAAUGACGCAUCUCCAGCGCCUGCUGAAGAAAUCUCGAGUGCGGUGGAGAAUCAGCGCUUUAGCAUCUGUGGAACCGUGAAAGCGCAGACAGGACUUUCUUGUCACCAGAUUAUAUGAGGGUAUGUGCAAUGUGCCAUGAGAUCAAUGUCCAUGCUGAACUGUCGAUAACUAUGUCUAUUAAAUCUACUUGAUAUAAAUAAACAUCUUAUAUAUAUAUAAAUUAAUAUAAUUUAUUCAAGAUUAUUUUAUGUUCAGGAGCAUUCCAGGGUUUCAGAUGAACUUGCCACAGUCCAUUGUUCUGAGCAAGUCAACGUGAGCUUCUCUAGUGUUGGACACAAGGUUCUGUGUGAUUGUUUCUGCUUCACCGUCUUGUAAGUUUACAUGUUUGAUGACCAAUAAACGGCUUUUCGCUGCCA